UCUUAUUCAAAUUUUCCCGAAGCGAUUGAAGAUGGAUGCAUCUACAAUUAGUGCUGGUGCAUUGGUUCGUUUACAAGAAUUGAACCCUUCUUCCCCAAAUUUCAAGCAAGGAGCCUCAUUUAGGGUUAUUGGAAAGAUACAAGAGUAUGAUUUGGAGACGGCAGUGGCUAUAAUCGUUGAUGGAGAUGCUAGCUUAAAGGUCGACACACAGUACCUGACCCUUAAUCUGCGCCCAGGUUCUCUCUACCAGUUCAUCGGGGAACUGCAGAUUGAGCCAAAUAAUGAGGGAAUUUUGAAGGCUCGAGUUGGAAGAAAUGUUGAUGGACUGGACAUUAACCUCUACCAUCAGACAAUGCAGCUCGUAAAACAGUUUCAAGCCGAACAAGCAAUCAUUCGAACAUCUUAAUGUACGAUUGUAACUGACAUAAAGCAAGAUAUGCAGCUGAGCUGCUGAAGUAGUCAUCUAGGGACGUUGGUUCCAUAGAACCGGAUUCUUAACCGAUGAGAACCUUUUGUGGCGCGAUUUUUGGUAAGCCUAUGGCUCGGGUUAAUAUUACUACGCGUGUCGUAGUUUGUUCACUCUCUGGUGUUUGAUGGAUCAUAAAACCGAUAUGAUAGGUUAAAUAUAUCGUGGAAUAUUGUUUAUUAUGUGAUCAUGACUCAUAAUACUCUUUGGCUAAAGUAAUUUGAGUUUAAUUUUUACAUAGUUCA